AUGUCGUAUAAAUUGUUAGCGCACUUUUUACUUCACUUCGACGGGCCUGAAAGGAUAUUCCUUGAUCGCUGCGUGGAAGUAGGAAAUAUGGAUGCUAUAGUCCGACAUGGGUUCGCGGAGUAUCUCCGAUUUGGCCACCGUGACAAAGGGAUGGAACUGCUUGCUAAGGCCUCAACGGAGGGCAGCGUCGAAGCAGGUUACCUGUGUUCCAUGUUGCUAAUUUUUUAUCACGAAGACGAGGAAGACGUACAAAGAGGUGUUCAAAUGAUGGAGGUUUUCCGUAUUUCUGGGCAGCUCGAGAGCUACACCAAUUUCUUGACAGACGUUUGCAAAGAUACCACGGUGCUCUUGAAAAAAAUGUUUGCACGCAUCUGA